AUGCUGUGCUCAAUCUCUGGAGAGGCUCCCCAACACCCUGUGGCUUCAUCGAAAUCAGGAAAUGUUUUCGAGAAGCGCUUGAUUGAAGCAUACAUCUCAGAGAAUCACAAAGACCCUGUGAAUGGAGAAGACUUGGAAGUGGAGGACCUGAUCGACCUGAAGUCUGCCAGAAUUGUCACCCCUCGACCUCCUACCUUGACCUCGAUCCCUUCCCUCCUCUCGACCUUCCAGAACGAAUGGGAUGCGCUCGCCCUCGAAUCAUUUAGCCUACGCAAACAACUUCAGCAGACGAGGCAGGAAUUGGCUACAGCGCUUUACCAACACGAUGCUGCUGUGCGAGUUAUUGCCCGGUUAAGCAAAGAGCGCGACGAGGCUCGUGAUGCCUUGUCGAAGGUCACUGUUGGGGCUGGAAAUGCUAGGAGCGACGACGCAAUGCAGGUUGAUAGUCAGGGUCUUCCUGAGGAGCUGGCCGCCAAAGUUGAUGCUACACAAGAGAAGCUGUCCAAGAGUCGACGGAAGCGACCUGUCCCAAAGGACUGGGUGGAUGCGGAGACCAUCGGAAAGUUCGCGAUUGCCAACGCGUCAGAACCUCUAUAUACUGGUGCAACCUCACUCGCAGUGGAUGAGGCUGGUCAGCUAGUCAUUAUCGGAGGAUCCGAGGGUGUUGCUGGUGUCUACUCUAUCCCAGAGAACAAGUUGCAACAGUCUUUCAAGGCUGGAAGUGGUGUUACGGAUGCAAUAUGGUACGGAAGCCAACCUGUCAUUUCAACAUCAUCAGGCGCUGUGAAGGUGUUCGGUGAUAUCGAGGUUACCUUCACAUCACAUGCAGGAAGCGCCAACGGUCUGGCGCUGCACCCAAGUGGUGACAUUCUGGCAUCUGUUGGCGUUGACAAGAGCUUUGUCUUCUACGACUUACCCACUGGCAAGGCAGUAACACAGGUCGCUGCCUUUCAUCCCGAUGGUCAUCUGUUCGCUGCUGGAGGUGCUAAUGGCCAAAUCAAGCUGUUCCAUGUCAAGUCAUGCGAAAGUGCUGCCAACUUUGAGCUGGGAGGUUCAGUCCAAGACAUCGCCUUCUCCGAGAACGGGAUUUGGUUUGCGGCUGUUGCAGAGGGAUCUAACAGUGUUGUGAUUUUUGAUCUGCGAAAGGAGGGUGAGGCUGCAAAGGUCAAGACUCUGGAGAUUGGAGGACAAGUCGACAGCAUUCGAUGGGAUUACACUGGCCAGUUCCUGGCUGCCUCGGGACCAGGUGGCUUCACCAUUUCGCAGUAUGCUAAGUCCUCGAAGUCGUGGUCAGAUGUCAUCAGCGUUGCUGUUCCAGCAACAGCGCUUGAGUGGGGGCCCGAAGCGAAGACCUUGAUCACAGUCAACGGCGACGGAAUUGUAACGGUGCUUGGAUGA